UUUUCAAUGAAAGUUGUUAGUUCCAUUGAGGAAAUCAGGUUUUUUAUUAGAGAGAAAAGGUAUGAGGCAAUAAGGAAUGAUCAGGAAUUAUGUUUUGUUCCAACAAUGGGUGCUUUACAUGAUGGGCAUUUAAACUUAAUUAAACAAGCAAAACAACAACAAUCAAAAAAUACUUUAGUUGUUGUUUCUAUUUUUGUUAAUCCUUUACAAUUUGGACCAAAUGAGGAUUUUGAUCGUUAUCCAAGAAAUUUAACAGAAGAUUUGGAAAAAUUAAAAGAAUUGGCUGAUUGUGUUUUUACUCCAGAAAUUAAAAAUAUUAUUGGCAAAGAAGAAUUAAUUAAAAUGGAUGCUGGGCCUGUUAGUAAAGUUUUGGAAGGGAAAACGAGGCCUAAUUAUUUUGAUGGUGUUUUGACUAUAGUAGCCAAAUUAUUUAAUAUUGUACAGCCAGAUGUUGCUUUGUUUGGGAAGAAGGAUGCGCAACAGGUGGGGGAAAUUAUGGGAAUAUUCUGUAAAACAUAUAGCUAUUUAAUUCCUGACGCUGUGCAAUAG